GGGAGGCCGGAAGGGUUUAAUAUUUCUAACGCGAAACACCACUUGUGACCGCCGGCUACAGUGAGGGAAAGAACUAGUGCAGUUUGAUCAUGGGCACUAAUUACAUGGAAGCUUCCGUAGCACUCGACGGCGGUGGCUGCUGCAUUAGCACUUCCGCUGGAGCUGGAAAUCCGGAAGUGAAGCUCGUCCAUGAGGCGCUCUCGUCGUUGCCCCCCGUUGCCGUUAAGGAAUUACAGUCUCUUGGGAUAUGCAGCAGGUGUAUCAUUCGGUUUUCUUGUAAAAUGGAGUCUAUCACCCCCUGUAUGUUGUUAUCAACAUCAGUCUUGACCUCUGCCUUGAGAGAGUUAAUAACUGUUGAUGAAGAUACAAAGGGAAAUAAUGAAGAAACUGAACUACAAUUAUGUCAAAUUUGCUUGGGUAUUCUGCAAUUUGUUUAUUGCAACGAAGAAGGAUUGCUGAUGAAAAAGGAAUGCGCUGUUGAUUUUUCUGUGGUUAUUGCUGAAGUGGCUAAACAAGAUGGCCAUCAGAUUGACAGUUUUUCUCUUGAAGUUUCUGUGCCCUCACUUAUAACAGAAAAUGAAGAAAUUGUCUGGUUGCAUAUGAAAGAGAAGUAUGCCUCUGAACUUUGGUUUUCAGAACUUUCCAGGAGAACAUCAGUAAAGGACAUCUUGAAGGUGUCCAUCAUGAAUCAGCUCGAAAAUUUGUUGGGGAACAAAUCUGGUCCAAGUUCUAUUCGCAUUCGGUUGACAUACAGUCACUCCAAUGGUUCAACUAAAGCUGAGAGUUCUGUGGCGAUAAAAACAAUUAGCAAAAGAAGGAAAAUUGGGAAUGUUGUUCAAGUUUCGGAGAAGGCUACUUGUGCUGUCCCAUCGCAGAUAUCUGAUAUUUGCCCUAGUAAAGAAGAUGGUGAUGAAUCUCAUGAUCAGAUUGAAGUCCUCUUUGAGAAGGUUAAUGAACCAUGUAAAUUGACCUUUCAUUGUCAUAGGACUUCUGUCUAUGUCGGAGGCAGAUACCUAAAGUAUUCAAGAAAUGUUAGCCAGACAAGAUGGAUCAUUGAUGAUGAAAGAAAGGGAGAAGCAUCCGUUGAGGAGUUAAUUGGUGGAAGCAUCCUUCCCCUUUGUAAGGGUGAUAAUUACAAGUUUCAUGCCGCUGGUAGAGAAGAUAUUGAUGUACGCAUGCUUGGUUCAGGUAGGCCAUUUCUAAUUGAGAUACAAAAUGCCUGCCAUGUUCCUUGUAAUACGACUUUGAAAGAAAUUGAAGAACAAAUAAACAACCGGGAAUCUAAACUAGUUGCAGUGAAAAACCUGAAGUUGUUGGAUAGCAAGCUAUGGGCUCUAAUGCGUGAAGGAGAAGCAGAGAAGCAGAAACAAUAUACUGCAUUAGUAUGGAUUUCCCGUCCACUUUCAGAUGAUGAUUUGAAGACCCUCUCUUCAUUCAAGGACAUGCCUGUUCUGCAACGAACACCAAUUAGGGUCCUUCACAGACGAAGCCCACUGGACCGUGAGAAGAUCAUUCACUGGAUGAAAGUUGAAACGAUUGCUGGGAAUUCACAAUAUUUCCUCCUACAUCUCUGCACCCAGGCUGGCACAUACAUAAAGGAAUUUGUUCAUGGCGAUCUUGCUCGUACCCACCCAAGUGUUGGUUCAAUCCUUGGAUGCAGAGCAGAAAUACUACAACUUGAUGUCACUGAUGUGAAGAUGGACUGUUUUUAACUCCUAACCUUGGUCUGGUGAUUUAUGAGAAUUAGGGUUUCUGGAUUAUACAAACCAUAUUUGGUUCACUCUUUAUUUAUUUAUUUUUGGAAAUUUAUAGAUUUUUUUUCAGAUAAAGCAAGUAUGGACUUUGAGUCAUACUUUACAAUAAUGGACUCAUUAACUAUUUAAAUCUCAUUUUGUUUUAACCUUCUUUUUGCUACUGGCAAAAGCUGAACAAAUCAGCAUUUUGUACUGAGAAAUUGGAUAAAUUUAAAUCUGCAA